AUGAGUUACGGAAGACCACCGCCGCGAAUAGACGGCAUGGUUUCACUUAAAGUGGACAAUCUAACAUAUAGAACUACACCAGAUGAUUUACGUCGCGUUUUCGAAAGGUGUGGUGAUGUCGGCGAUAUUUAUAUUCCAAGAGACAGAUAUACACGCGAAAGCAGAGGGUUUGCUUUUGUCAGGUUCUUCGAAAGGCGCGAUGCAGAAGAAGCACUCGAUUCAUUAGACGGAAGAAUGCUAGAUGGCAGAGAAUUGCGUGUUCAAAUGGCCAGAUAUGGUAGACCAUCAUCACCAUACAGAAGCCGCUACGACCGUCGUCGGAGCCACUCGCGUUCACGGUCUCGUUCACGUCGUCGCUCCAGGUCCCGGUCCCGCCGCCGCUCGUACUCCCGCAGCCGGUCCCGCUCGCGCUCCCGGUCCCGCAGCCGUUCGGACUCCAAGAGCUCCCGCGGAAAGUCCCGCAGUCGCAGCCGCAGCCGCUCUCGCUCAAGACAUUGA